ACUCUUUAUGCAACACGCAGAGUUGAAUAGUAAUCAUCAUCCUAAUCCUCACUAUGGUAAAGGUAGGAUGCAGAAAUUGCCGACGUCGUCAUAGCAAAUGUGUUAUUCUCGAGGGCGCUUCUACGUGCAAUAAGUGUGCGGAUACCGGUCGUCGAUGUCAGUUUGCGCCUCGUUAUCGCUUCAAGGUUGUCCGUCAUAUAUAUCAAAAAGAAGGAGACGCACGAUCGAGAUUCAUACUCCAGUGGGAUAAAGGGCAGCCAUGGGUCGAAGUUUCGAAGCCACUUCACUUUGUAGAUGGAAACAGCGAUAUCUCCAACGAGCACGGCCUAGAUGAAGAGGGCCACAGCGGACCCUUGCCAUCUUUCUUCACCCAUCAUCAUUCUUCCAGGAACGAAGACCAAUCUGCAAACAAUCAAGCUUCUGCUGGCUGUGGAGGACACGCAACGCGAGACAGUCAUACAAUUGUCUCGGGCCAAGCAGAUCCAAUUGAUAAUGCGCAACCAUCACCAACAAAUACAAACCCCUUACACAAAGUCUCGUCACCUGUAAGGACGGAUUACUUGGGGUCGCCGACGUCGCUUGAUAAAGUAUUUCCUUCCCCGGGUUUUCGUCCUCGAGAUUCUGCCCAUUCUUUUCUAUCUCCACGCGAGGCAUUUCUUCUUCGGCUAUUUGUUCAGAAGAUGUCACCAUGGUUGGACAUAUCAGACGCGAAGUGUCAUUUCGGGAACGAGGUGCCUCGACGCGCGCUACACGAACCAAUGCUGCUUUUCGCUCUUUUAGCUGUGGCAUCUCGCCAUGAUUCGAUCAUGCGAGGCUCCGGUGAACUCGAAAGCAGUACCUAUCAUGGCCAGUGCUUGGAGCUCUUGAUUCCGUCUCUCAGUCGCCCGGAGGAGACAUACGACGGGAAUCUCCUCGUUACAGUUGUGCUUUUACGCCAUUACGAAGAACUCGAGAACCAGACAGAUGAAAGACGACAUUUCCUAGGGUCCACCAGUCUACUCAAUGCUGUUGCCAAAUUCUCUGCUUCUGGAGGAUUGGUCGAAGCUACAAGCUGGCUCUUCCUUCGACAGGCUAUAUAUGUCUCAUUGGUGCUACACGAACCGUUGGAACUACGUCUCGAAAAUUAUGAGCUUUCUGACGCAUUUCGACUCCGCGAUGAUGGCUCUUAUACUAAUGUUAUUGUGUUUCUGUUUGCGAAGAUUUUACGUUACAUAUAUAAUGGGGCAGAGUAUUCCAACAGUCCGGAGGACUGGUACUUCCUACAAAGGGAAAUCGAGAGCUGGCAUGAUUCUAAGCCGGCAUCAUUUACUCCACUAAACCAUGGCGAAGCAGACCCAGAUAGUGGGAAGUUAUUUCCAGAGUUCUGGAUGUUAUCUUCUGCUGCGGCUGUUGGCAUGCAGUACUAUUACGGCGCAAUGCUUCUAUUAACCAUUCAUAAACCACUCGCUCAAUCGGCAGGUGGAUUCGAGGCUGCAAAGGUGAUGCGCAUUGCCGAGGUUGCUGCUGCCUCUUACUUGGCUGAUAUAAUUGGAAUCGCCAUUUCAAACGACACUACCGAAAAUGCGCACUUUACUGCGAGUCACUUUAUCUGUAGUUAUGGAUAUUGCUUAUCGCACGAGGCACAACGCAAGGGUGCCAUUGACUACUUAAAGAGAGUCAAGGAAAUCAUGGGAUGGAACACAUGUUGGAUAGUUGAAGCAUUGAAGAGUCAAUGGUCAGAGCUUGAUGAAUUCGUCAAAAGGCCAUUAAAGGUUACUUGAUACAUGAGGGGCAUAUCUCAGUUUUGAGGAGGCUCCAUGUUGUAAUAUAUUGCAUACCAAUGUGAAAGAUCGAUGAAUGACGCUCCAUCUUUCGUCUAUGGAACAUAGAGACUUGUAUUUUAAG